AUGGCGCAGGACGCGGUAGCCAAAGGGCUUGUUGCAGGAUAUUAUCGUCUGAUGACCAAAGCUGGUGAAGUAGUGGACGCUCGCCUAUCAACCAAGGAUGUCCUGAUACCGAACACGGAAGACAUUGAAGCAAUCGAUACCUCCGAGGUGAAAUGGGUCUUGAUCCUGGAAAAAGAAGCAGUUUAUCGUCGGCUCUCGAGAAGCAGCUACCACACUAGAGCAGCUGCAGGAAAAGGUGUAUUGGUAACAGGCAAAGGCUAUCCAGACCUCAGCACGCGAGCCUUUGUUCGAAGAUUGCUUGAUGAGACUAGACAUCUCGCCGCAGAGGAAGCCCCGCGCUUUUACGCUCUCGUUGACAGUGAUCCUGAUGGCAUGGCAAUCAUGUCAACUUAUAAAUAUGGCUCGAUGGCGCAUGCGCGCGACAACGAGAAGCUCAACGUUUCCAAGCUUCGCUGGCUGGGACUCCGAACAUCAGACGUCAUUGGAGGUGCAGACUCUUUCGGUGACGAGGCUUUCAUUCGCCUGAGCCCGAGGGAUAGAAAGAAGGCUAUUACAAUGCUCGCGAACAAUCCGGUGUGGGCAGAAGAUGGGCCAGAGCAGGAAUGGCGCGCAGAGCUGCAGCAGAUGCUCAUGUUGAACCUGAAGGCGGAGAUUGAGAUCCUCUACGAUCGGCAGGAAGGACUUGAAGGGUGGAUCGAUAAGAAGAUGACCACUCCAAGCUGA